AUGAUUUCUAACCAAAUUCUUCGAUCAUCAUCAUCAAUGAUGACUCGAUUCAUCCCUCUUUCAACUCGUUUCGGUUCAACGUUAUCGAAACAAGCUUCAUCAAAUCAAGACAAAUCAGCAAAUAAGAGCGGUUUGGGAAAGUCUUCUUCAGAGUAUUUAGCCGACGACAUGUAUAAUUAUACAACGUUUAGCUACUACGAUAUCGAAGCGUCGAUGACGUCGUAUCGUCUCCCUCAACCAAAUCCUCAUACACCAUUGAAAACCGACCCAGCGCCACAGAAGAAAUGA